ACGGAGCAGCAGCGGCGGAGCGGCGGGCGGAGGAGGCGGACGAGAAGAUGCCACUGUCGCAGCCGCCUCCGGGCGACCCCGGGGAGAGCCCCCCGCCCAGGACCUCCUCCAAGAAGCACACCCCUUUCCACCUCUGGCGCUCCAAGAAGAAGCAGCAGCCUCCGCCGUCCGACUGCGGGGUGUUCGUCCCGCACCCGCCGUCGGAUUGUGGGGUGUUUGUCCCGCACCCGCCCCCGGCGCCCCUCGGCGAGGCCAGAGCUUUGGGCACAGUAGAUGAAGGACAGGUGGCUCAAGAACACCAUGAGUUUACAUCGCACGGUGGGGAAUCCCAGUUCUUUCACACGACCAGUGAGGUGCCUGGUCCUCUAUCUGCAGAGUCCAGAUUGCUUAAAAAGUCCAGAGCACAGCCACCCGAAGAGAACAAAAGGAAGCCAGUUUUGGGGAAACUUGGCAACCUGUUCUCAGCAGGAAGGAGAAGGAACACCAGGAACGGGUUAGAGAGUCCCACCAGCUCCAGUGCCAAGUCAGCCUCUCCCAAAGACGCAGCAGCCUGUGCCCAGCUCCCCGAGCAGCGAGAGGAUGAGAAGGGGACCGCCCCCAGCAGCCCACCGGAGCCAGCCGACCGGUGCGGGGAGGGCUUCCCCCAGGAGCAGCCCCAGGAGCCCGAGGGCGAGCGCGCCCCGGACGCCCACCUGUCACCUCGCCUGAGCAGCCGCGCAGCGGCGGCCGGGCUGCUGUGCCCUGGAAAUGAAUCACCUCAAUUAGAACCUGUGCACUCAGAGGGAGAGCCCUUCCCAGAUGCCACCGCCGCCGCCGCUGCCAAGCAGCUGCAUUCCUCACUGGAGAAUUGCCCCGGGCGGGAGAGCGCAGACACGCCGGCCCGCGGUCCCGGGGAGGACGCAUCGCCGGGCGCUGCUGGCGCGCAGGAGGCGGCCCCGGGUGCGGGGGGAGUGCCAGGGUCGCCCACCUCGGAGCGGGCCUGGAGGGGACCAGGCGAGGCCGCUGACACAGACUCCGGUGUGGGUGCCGAAGGAGAAGGCUCCCCGGAGCGCCUAGACGCGCGCAGCCAGUCCCCGGAGGGCGCGUCCGCUCCGCCAGGUGACCCUCCCGCCGAAGGUGCGGAGACCGGGCCCGGGCCCGGAGGACAGGGGUGCCGGCCGUGUGAGCGCGCCCACCCUGCCAAAGUGCUGACUUUGGACAUCUACUUGAGCAAGACCAACGGGGCGCAGGUGGACGACGAGCCGGUGGUCCUCACUGCGGGGGCAGAAGACUGGGACGAUCAGGACGACGACAUGGAUAGGAGGGCGGGUGGCCGCAGAUCGGGGAGGCGGAGGAGGUCGCAGAAAUCCACCGACUCCCCGAGCCCGGACACGGCGCUGCCGCCGGACGGCGCGGCCAGGGACGACGCGGUGUUCGACUACGAGGUGGCGCCAAACGCGGCGGCCGAGAACGAAAAGAAAGUGAAAUCUGCCCGCGCGGCCCCGGACGGGGGCGUUGCCGCCGCCGCCGCGGCUGGCGCGGAGUCCAAGUCUAGCCCCGGCUCCAAAGGGCAGCCCCGAGGGGAGCCGGAGCGGGGCAAACAGCCUGUGCUGGCCACGUCCCCCACCAAAAGGAGGGGGAAGAUCCGCGUCCCCGAAGCCGUGCCCAUCCCGUCCUCCGCUGCAAGCCCGCGGGCUCCCGCCAAGGAGUCCCCGCCCAGGCGGCCGUCCGCGCCCGACUCCGGCCCCGCCGCCAAGGCAGCCGCGGGGGAGAGCGGGGAGGAGGCGCCCCGAGUCAUCGCCCGCGAGCUCACCGUGCGGAGCAGCUCGCUGCUGCCCGAGAUCAAGCCCGAGCACAAGAGGGGGCCGCUCCCCAACCACCACUGGGACGGCGGCCGGGGAGAAGGAAGUCGGAGCAAAGAGCUGGGCAGAUCGACCGCGGGUCCUGACGCCGCCGCCGCCGAGGGCUGGAAGCCCAGGAACCACUUCGGGGCCGGCAGGUCGACGGUGACCACGAAAGUGACCCUCCCUGCCAAGCCUAAACAUGUGGAACUAAAUCUUAAAUCUCCUAAAAAUCUUGAGAGUUUGGGAAAUGAGCAUAAUCCACUUAGCCAGCCAGUUCAUAAAGGAAAUACUGCUACCAAAAUCUCCUUAUUUGAAAACAAACGGGUAAACAGUAGCCCAAAACACGCCGACAUUCGAGGCACAAGGAACACCCUUGCCUCUAAUAAAACAUUUGUCGGGAGGGCGAAGCUGAAUUUAGCCAAGAAAACAAGAGAAAUGGAGCAACUUGAAAAGAAAGGUAGUCCCCACAAUGUUGUCCUGGUGAAGGAAACCUCUGCAGAAACCAAAGUUAUUCUCCCUGAAGAGGAGAUCCUCCCAGCGACCGGGAGUCCUGAAGGAAGAGGGAUGGAAGGAGAGGCCACCGAGGAUCAAGCUCUUGGUCCUCAGCUUCAGCAUGGUGAUCAAAGAGAUGCUGACUGCCCUUCUGACCCAGUGGCUACUGCUCUGAUUCCUGUCAAGGACCACAAACACUUAGGAGAGGGCGACUCAAAGGCUGCUGACAGCAAAAGACUUGUACUUGAAAACAGCACUGAGACUGUGCAACCCAUUCCCUCCAUUCUUGAUACCAGAGACUCACCAUCAGCCACACCAAAACCACAGGAUCCAUUUUCUGACUCACAGCCCCCAGCUGAGUCAUCUAAUCAGCCUCCGUCACUGCCUGCACCCGUUCCUGGGGAUAUGCCCAAAGACGCGUGUGCUGAAGCUCCCCUGAGCAGUUUUCCAUGCCCUGAUCUAAACGUAUCAGAAAACCACAGAGGGUGUAUCUUGCCUGUGUCUCAUCUGGAUCAUGAGAACAUGCCCCCCUCCAAACUUGGAGCAAGAAGAGAAAGAGGAGGAGGAGGUGGAGAAGGAGGAGAAGUAAGCUCUCCUUUGUCCACAGAGCACAGCCCGGAAGUUGUGGGAACUGAGAGUCCAUCCAAGGUCCUGGUGCAGGUCAGGUCCUUCGUCCUUCCCGUGGAGAGCACCCAGGAUGUAAGCUCCCAGAUCAUCUCCAAUGGCUCUGAAGUGAGAGAAGUGCAGUUGCCAAGUUGUCACAAUAAUGAACUUGAAGUGGUUUCCGUUGUAAGUUGUGCUCCCCAGAAAGAGGAAGUACUGAGCAAUAAGAGCACAUCACCCAAACACGUUCAUCACAAAGAGGAACAUGCAGCAAAAUCUGGCCCACAAGUCAUGCCACCAGAAUCAGAGAAAAUUCUGCCUUCCCAGGCUCAAAGUCAGGGCGACGGAGCGCUCCUGGCGGCUGAAUCCAGCCCCACUCACUCCCCCGGUGGCAGAAAUCAUUUAGAAACUCCUCAGAGGCCAGAUCAGAAUGUUGUGAAUGGCCAAGACAGCCCUGCCAGUCGUUUGAAUGUCUCUGGUGGUAGUGAUGAUAGUGUACUGGAUUCCUCUUCUGAUAUGGAAAAAUUCACUGAAAUUAUCAAAAAGAUAGACAGCAAUGCUUGUGUGCCUCAGAAGAAAAAGAAAGCCAGGGUGCCAAACUCUCCCACCCCUCACUUUGUCAUGCCUCCCAUCCAUGAGGACCAUUUAGAAAAGGUGCUUGAUCCCAACGUGUUUACCUUUGGUUUGGGAAAGAAAAAGGGAAGCCAGCCAGAAAUGUCACAGGCUUUACAGCUGAUGCCGAAUGUAGACCCCAAGUCCACACCGAGGUCCAAACGCAUCUCCACCGAACAGAGUAUCCUCUUCAAGUCCUUGCACGCUCACGCUAACGGGAAGGACGGACCUCUGGUGAAUCCAGAAACCAACGACAAGGAGAACAGGGAGGUGCCAAAUGGUGGAGUUAAGAGAUCUAGGCUAGAAAAAAGUGCACUUUUCUCAAGCAUGUUGUCUUCGUUACCACAAGACAAAAUCUUUUCUCCCUCUGUGACGUCAGUCAAUGCCAUGACCACAACAUUCAGCUCUUCUCAGAACACUUCUCUUUCUCGGUCUCCUGUGUUACUGCCUGUGGCUGAGGGUGCCCCACCCAGCUCUUCAGAAAAAGAACAGCCCCAUCUUCCGCCCAACAACUUCUUAAAGGUCUUCAAUUUUGACUCGUCAAAUGCAUCUCACUCAGGCUUGAAAAGUCCAAGCUACAUGGAAAAAUACCUGCAAAAGGAGGAAAGCAAAAAGGAUCUGGAUUCACGAAGCAACCUACACUUGCCAGAAACGAAAUUUUCUGAAUUUUCAAAGCCGAAGAUCGGUGAUGAUGUGGAAAAGGCAAAUCACGUUGACAGCGCUCUGAAACCGAACUUGCCGAGCUUUGGGGACAGUGACACAGACUUCAUGGGUCUUUUCAAAUCCAGACGGUUUGACCCAAACAUUUCUUUCUCCGGAAUGCCAUUAUCAGAUCCAACAACGCUUAGAGGAAGUGUCCAAACUAAAAUCAACCCGCGACCUGGAAAGGUGGUGAUCUACAAGGAGCCGGAGGUCUCUGAGGAGUGCAUUGAAGUCUUCAGUGACACGGGAGACUGCAGCUCCUGGAGCCUCUCGCCCGUGGUGCUUGUGAAAGUUGUGAGAGGCUGUUGGAUUUUGUAUGAAAAACCAAAUUUUGAAGGCCACUCCAUCCCCUUAGAAGAAGGAGAAUUGGAACUUGCUGGUCUUUGGGGUAUAGAUGAGAUUUUGGAAAGAAAAGAGGAGGAAGAGUCUCCUAAACCUGUGGUGAUUGGUUCAAUCAGACAUGUGGUCCAGGAUUACAGAGUUAGUCACAUUGACUUAUUUACUGAGCAAGAAGGGCUGGGAGUCAUGAGUUCCUACUUUGAUGACACUGAAGAAAUGCAGGGGUUUGGUGUGAUGCAGAAGACUUGUUCCAUGAAAGUGCAUUGGGGCACAUGGCUGGUUUAUGAAGAACCAGGGUUUCUGGGUGUCCCAUUUGUCCUGGAGCCUGGGGAAUACCCUGACUUGUCCUUCUGGAAUACAGAGGUGGCCUACAUUGGAUCCAUGCGGCCUCUGAAAAUGGGUGGCCGUAAAGUUGAAUUCCCUGUAGAUCCAAAGGUAGUUAUUUAUGAAAAGCCUUUCUUUGAGGGAAAACGGAUGGAACUGGAAACAGAAAUGUAUAAUUUUGUCAUGGAAGGAGGCGAAGCAGAAGAAACCGAUGGAGAAGCCAGCUUACCGCUGACGUCGGUGGGGUCCAUGAAAGUUCUCAGGGGCAUUUGGGUUGCUUAUGAAAAGUCUGGAUUUACAGGUCAUCAGUACUUACUUGAAGAAGGAGAAUAUAAGGACUGGAAAGAUUGGGGAGGUUACGAUGGAGAACUUCAGUCCUUACGACCUAUAUUAGGUGAUUUUUCAAAUGCUCACAUGAUAAUGUACAGUGAGAAAAACUUUGGAUCCAAAGGUUCCAGUAUUGAUGUAUUGGGAAUUGUCGCUAAUUUAAUGGAGACCGGAUAUGGAGUGAAGACACAGUCUAUUAAUGUACUGAGUGGAGUAUGGGUAGCCUACGAAAAUCCCGACUUCACAGGAGAACAGUAUAUACUGGAUAAAGGUUUUUAUACCAGUUUUGAGGACUGGGGAGGAAAAAAUUGUAAGAUCUCUUCUGUUCAACCCAUAUGUCUGGAUUCUUUCAGUGGACUAAGGAGACGAAAUCAGAUUCACUUGUUUUCGGAACCACAGUUUCAAGGUCACAGUCGAUGCUUUGAAGAAACAACAGGUCAAAUUGAUGAUUCAUUUUCUACCAAGUCUUGCAGAGUUUUAGGAGGCAGCUGGGUUGCAUAUGAUGGAGAAAAUUUCUCUGGUAACCAGUAUGUGCUGGAAGAAGGCCACUACCCGUGUCUCUCUGCAAUGGGAUGCCUGCCUGGAGCAAGUGUGAAGUCUCUUCGUUUUAUAGAUGUUGAAUUUUCUGAGCCAACAAUUAUUCUUUUCGAAAGAGAAGACUUCAAAGGAAAAAAGAUUGAGCUUAAUGCAGAAGCAGUCAAUCUCCAAUCCCUGGGAUUCAAUACACAGAUACGCUCAGUUCAGGUGAUCGGUGGCAUAUGGAUUACUUAUGAAUAUGGCAAUUACAGGGGUCGGCAAUUCCUACUGUCACCAGCAGAAGUACCUAAUUGGUAUGAGUUCAGUGGCUGUCGCCAGAUAGGUUCUCUACGGCCUUUUAAUCAGAAACGUAUUUAUUUCAGACUUCGGAACAAGGCAACAGGGUUAUUCCUGUCAACCAACGGGAACUUAGAGGACCUGAAGCUUCUCAGAAUACAGGUCACGGAGGACGUCGGUGCUGACGAUCAGAUCUGGAUUUAUCAAGAAGGAUGCAUCAAAUGCAGGAUAGCAGAAGACUGCUGCAUGACGAUCGUGGGGAGCCUUGUCACUUCCGGCUCCAAGCUGGGGCUGGCCCUGGACCAGAGCGCAGAGAGUCAGUUCUGGAGCAUGAAGUCUGAUGGAAGGAUCUACAGCAAGCUGAAGCCAAACUUAGUUUUAGAUAUCAAAGGGGGUGCACAGUAUGAUCAAAAUCACAUUAUCCUCAACACAGCCAGCAAAGAGAAGCUAACACAAGUGUGGGAAGCCAUGGUCCUAUGAUCCUGGACAAAGAAUGCAGGAGGACUAUUUCUGGAGGUUUCCAGCUACCUUGUUUAAAGGGAAAAGGACUGCUGACAGGAACCAAGAGGAAAGCGGAUGUACUCCUUGGCAACUCCAAAUGCACUCUUGAACCACAGUGCCAGGACCGGGACAACUGUCUCCUCUCUUCAAAAGACUAAUAGUUUUAAACCAAUAAUUUGUUCUUUCACUUCUUGCCUGUCAGUUCCUUUCAGCAGCUGCUUAAACAAGUUUCAUUAGCAGCGCUGGGGUGUUUUUAAAAAAUCUUAAGACUUUAAGACUGUACAUUUUACAAGGUUUCCAAAGACAGUGGCGGGAAAGAACAGGAACAAAUUCACCGGCUUGGUGAACCUACAGGUGCCUUACACUUUAAAGGGAAGGGGAAAAGCUUAAGUCCGUAAGGUAGAAACUGUUUAGACCUUAGAAGAAAUAAUGUUAUUAGGCCUCUAGGAUUAGUCAUUGACCUUCUGUUUUCUGAAAUCAUUAAUUAUGCUGUAUAGCCAAGUGGAAAAUUAUAUAUUCAGACAUGUUAAGGAAAUGAAUGAGUACAGAUAAAACACUCUAAUAUUAA